AUGCGAAAUGUCACAGUCCUGUGUUUACUCUGUGGAACCUUGACACUUGGGAUCUUGUCAGCUCUGUUAUAUGUACAUUUUCACCGUGAUCAUGUGAGCAACUGGCAGAAGAAAACCCAGGCGCCUGCAUCAAUUUGGAAACUUGAUAAAAAGUUGCAACAGCAAGCUAUCCACAGCGCAGGGCAAAUACCACGCUCAAGGCAAAUACCAGGACAAUAUGUAAGAACUGAAAGACCUAACAAAGAUCAAACUAAAGAAUGGCAUCCAUUUUUUAAAUUAGAUGAGAAUUUUAACUAUUCGGACCCAGAAUUUCUUCAUGGGAUUUUACUAUAUGGACUUAAUACCAUUAUCAGUAAAAGCUUGGGCAAUCAGAGACAUGUGCCAGAUACCAGAGAUAAAAUGUGUCUUAAAAAACGCUACCCAACCAGGCUACCUUCUGCCAGCAUUGUCAUUUGUUUCCACAAUGAAGAAUUCAACACCUUGUUUCGGACAGUGUCCAGUGUCAUGAACCUCACUCCACACCAGAUCCUUGAAGAAAUUAUUUUGGUAGAUGACAUGAGCGAAUUUGAUGAUUUGAAAGAAAAACUAGACUAUCACCUGGAAAUGUUUCGGGGAAAGAUUAAAGUAUUAAGAACCACAAAGAGAGAGGGGCUGAUUCGCGCCAGGCUGAUUGGAGCGGCGCACGCUUCAGGGGACGUGCUGGUGUUCCUGGACAGCCACUGUGAAGUGAACAGAGUCUGGCUGGAGCCCUUGCUGGCCGCCAUCGCCAAGGACCGCAAAAUGGUGGUGUGUCCCAUGGUGGAUUCCAUUGACCACCUGACACUGAACUACUAUCCCGCUCCUAUUGUAAGAGGAGCUUUCAACUGGCAUCUGCGAUUUGUAUGGGACACUGUUUUCUCUUAUGAGAUGGAUGGACCAGAAGGACCCACCACACCCAUCCGGUCCCCCGCAAUGUCUGGAGGAAUUUUUGCUAUAAAUCGGCAUUAUUUUAAUGAGAUUGGACAGUACGACAAGGAUAUGAACCUCUGGGGUGCAGAAAAUUUGGAACUUUCACUAAGGAUCUGGAUGUGUGGAGGCCAGCUCUUUAUACUGCCCUGCUCUCGAGUAGGACAUGUUGAUAGAAAUAUUAUCCAAAAUGUAACCCAAGUUCUCAAAGCCCUGAGAUAUAACAACCUCAGACUGGUACACGUUUGGCUGGAUGAAUACAAGGAGCAGUUUUUCUUACGAAGACCUGAUCUGAAAUUCAUCCCCUAUGGAAACAUUAGUGAGCGUGUUGAAUUAAGGAGACGAUUGGGCUGCAAGUCAUUUCAGUGGUAUCUGGAUACUGUCUUCCCAGAACUGGAGACAUCUCUUCAAAUGAAAGCAAAUAAUUUUCAUUAA